UGCCGUGGGCCGCUCACACGUUAAACUCCCUGGUGCCCGAAACUGGCAUUAAACUACAGGUAAGUGUCGUAGGCAUAGGUACGUAAGAAUUACUGUUCUCUCCUUCGCCACACAAAAGACCUCGCCUUCUCGCGGCGUGUGGCGUCAGUACUGAUGAAUGUCUCGUCGUCGGUCCAUGGCGUUCGGGCUUCUGAUGGAAGCGAAGAAGGUCCACUCGUCUUCAUCUUGUGUUUGUUGACUUUGAGCAGAUCUUCAAUCUCGAGGCGAUCCAGCAGUCUCCGCGAAAAUCUCCGAGCAGAUGCGAGGCUUGCUGACGCCUUUCUGGGAAGUCGAGAGUUGACAGUUGGGAAGCGAAUUCUGAUCAGUCUCUCUGCUUACACAUGUUGUGUUGCAGCUGACAGGUCGUGAAUAGUGUUAGUGUUGUUGGCCAUGUCCUUGCGAGAGGUGGAAAGUGCAACUCGACAUUCACGCCGCUUCCACAUGACAUCGUCGCAGUUUCCAUUGAGUAGUGGUCUGGUGAUUCCUGUGCUUUUUGGCAGUCCAUGCCGUAUAAUCUUCAGUCAACGCAGCUCUUUGUGUAGAUACUAUGUAGCCUGCCAACAUGAGAUCGGUUAAGGCGGAUAGUUAUGGAAUGAUCAGUGAAGCGGUGCUACGCGAUAAAACAGCAUUUACACGGCUUCGUGGCAUGCGUCGUGGAGAGAAUAUUGAUGAGAUGAAACUUGACGGAGCUCCAUACAUACUAGAUUGUCAAUGGAGGGUUGGCUUCACUUUAGUCUAUUGUCCUAAAGUUGGUCGUAGAGGUAGGUUAGUGGAGGCGGUGAGAACCUCCAUUGACAAUCUGGUAUUUGUCCUCAGAAGUUCAUAUCACGCACAAGAACAAGACGCUUUCUUGCAGCAUAAUAUGGCUUCCGCGGUUAACGGUCAGAGCGAAGACGCGCUCAGCCUAUUGCGCCGAACCAUCGCCAAAAACACGCUACCCAUACCAUCCACAGACGCAGAUCCCUCGAAAGGCUCGACCGAUGUAUCGCUGGCAGAGGCCUCAUACCUGAUCUUCAACUUCGACUCGCCUCAAGAUGGCGCCCAACACAUUCCCAUAUCGCUUUCUCUGCCCACGCGAUUCAUCUCCAAGCAAGCCGGUAAUCAACCACUCGAUCUUCGAUCCAUCUACUUCGCAUGGCUCAAGAAGGACCUCUCUGUGCCUCAAUACCUUGCAGCGAUUGGCGAGCUCAAUGGCGAAUUGCAAAAGGCGGGCAAGAGUGAGACAGUCUCCAACUUGGUCUUCACCGAGCGUAUGGACCUAAGUUCCUGGCUGUCUGGUGAAAUCGGGGAGAAUGAGAGCGAGUUCAUCAAGAGCUUAGACGAUAACAAAGCGACUCGCGCAGAGACUGCGGAUGCGCUGAAGCAAGCCGAGGAAGAUGUAGAGAUGCGCGAUGUGGGCACGGAGGAAGGCAAGCGGAGGGAAGAGGAGGAGAGACUGAGAGAUAUCUAUGCUGCAGAGCGUAGAAUGGGAGACCACAAUACCGUGCUGCGCGGCUUCAAGAUUCAAGACUUCAGCGGCAUGCGUAAAUACAGUCCGUUAUUCCUCGGCAAGGCCAAGGUCGCGCCAGGUCAGCAAGCGCCUGCACCAGCGCUGAACAGCAACCCAGCGAUUCGAGCACCUGUCAAGCCUACGCAGUCCGGACGACGACCAGAACCCAUCAUCUUGCUCUCCUCAUCCUUCUCGUCGCUUCUCAAGAUGCAAAACAUCAAGAGCUUCUUGGCGGAAGGUGUCUACACUCCCCUCGAAGAGUCUGGCGAGGCAGCCAACAUUCUCCACAUUACCCGACAGCUGCGCACUGUGCAUCCCGGCCACACUACACGAUUUAUCCUCGUGGACGACCCGUCCAAUUUUCGACCAGACUACUGGGAUCGUGUGGUGGCAGUCUUUACCACGGGGCAGACUUGGCAGUUCAAGAGCUACAAAUGGACGAACCCGGCAGAGCUGUUCAACCAUGCGCUCGGGGUAUACGUUGGCUGGAAGGGAGAAGUGAUACCAGAUACGGUCAAGGGUUGGGGCAGGCAAGUGCUGAGUGUGCAGAUUGACAAGGGCUCCAAUCGGUGGAGAGAUCGGGAGGUGGUGGAAGAUAUCUGGAGUCAAAUCGAGGCGAGAAUGAGGGCCAAGGGAUGGGGCAAGGAUGCGGGCAGGCGUUGGGGAGGGAGACUGCGAAACAGGGCAGCAAAUGUCACGCAUAGCAUCUGGAAAUUUGAUGCUUCUGGACGAGGCGACGACAUGCGGUAUUGUCCUUUCGAGGCGAGGCGAAAGUCAUACGGUAUCAGCUCGCGUGGAUCGGGAGUGAUUGGAUGA